AUGCUGCGAAAUACUCUUACAACUUUAACAAAAUCAACAAGACUUAUUCAAAAACCAUUAUCUAUCUCAGGCACUCGUUUCUAUCAUGAAAAGGUUAUUGAUCAUUAUGAACGUCCUCGUAAUGUAGGAUCAUUUCCUAAGACAGAUACAGAUGUAGGCACAGGUUUAGUGGGAGCACCUGCUUGUGGUGAUGUGAUGAAAUUACAGAUUAAAGUGGAUGAUGCUACAGGAAAAAUAGUAGAUGUACGAUUCAAAACAUUUGGAUGUGGCUCUGCUAUUGCUUCUAGUAGUUUUAUGACAGAACGUGUUAGAGGCCUGACACUUGAACAAGCAAGUCAAAUUAAAAACACAGAAAUUGCUAAAGAAUUAUGCUUGCCUCCUGUCAAGCUUCAUUGUUCGAUGCUUGCUGAAGAUGCUAUUAAAUCUGCCAUCAAUGAUUACAAAAAGAAACGCUCAACUCAAAAGCAGUAA